UUCGUUGUCUCUAGUGGCUUCACCGCCGUAUUAAAUUAGGAAUUAGUCACAUUAGAAAGUUGUAAUUAUCCCAGAAAACCAUGGGGGACUCCCUUGAUGGGAGUGAAAACGCCCCGGAGGCGCAAAACGUAGUUGUAGUCGAUUUUCAAGAUUUUGCGAACUACUUGCGUCGAGCUGCAACGGUACUUUUGCCCGAAGAUGACAUCGUUCCACCGGCAUUAAACGCUGCACUUGACGACAAAGUAAAUCAAGAUUGCAUUAGGAAAUUCAUUACGGACUCGCAAGUUGCGUCGUUGUAUGUACAGCGAUUUUCACUGAAAGAAGAUGAAAGUGAACAACCAACAGAGGGUGAAGAAGAAAAGGAAGCUGUCUCAUACCAAAUUAGCAAUGAGGUACAUUUCACAUCGCCGCAUGUUGCAGCACUUGUCUGUAUCAAGCGUGGUCAAGUCAUCGAAGCUGACAAGUCAAUACACAGCCAACUACGUCUUAUCAAUCUUUCUGACGGCUCUCCCUAUGAGACCCUCCAUGCAUUCAUCAGCAAAACCAUGGCGCCAUUCUUUAAGAGCUAUGUCAAGGAGAGUGGCAGAGCUGACAGGGAUGGAGACAAGAUGGCACCAUCUGUAGAAAAGAAGAUCGCUGAGUUAGAAAUGGGUUUGCUACAUUUGCAACAGAAUAUUGAUAUCCCUGAAAUAACACUUCCAGUUCACCCUUUAGUUGCUGCUGUUAUUAAAAGGGCGGCUGAUGAAGGGCGCAAACCUCGCGUGGCAGAUUUUGGCGAUAAAGUGGAAGAUUCCACCUUUCUAAACCAACUCCAAAAUGGUGUUAAUCGUUGGACGAAGGAAAUUCAAAAGGUUACAAAAUUAGACAGAGAUCCUUCCAAUGGUACAGCCCUACAAGAGAUUUCAUUUUGGCUCAACCUUGAAAGAGCACUUCAUCGCAUCCAGGAGAAGAGGGAAAGUAUUGAGGUUGCAUUAACACUGGAUAUUCUCAAGUACGGCAAGAGAUUCCAUCCCAUCGUAUCGUUCGACACUGACACUGGACUCAAACAAGCUCUUGCAACAGUCUCCGACUACAAUCCACUCAUGAAAGACUUCCCCAUCAAUGACUUGCUUAGCGCAACUGAACUUGAAAGAAUUAGGCUUGCUGUUCAACAAAUCUUCUCGCAUCUGCGUAAAAUUCGUUCUACCAAAUAUCCUAUUCAGCGUGGUCUAAGACUUGUUGAAGCUAUCUCUCGAGAUUUGGGUCAACAGCUAUUGAAGGUACUGGGAACACGUCGACUGAUGCAUAUUCCAUUUGAAGACUUCGAACGCGUUAUGACCCAAUGCUUCGAAGUAUUCUCUUGUUGGGAUGAUGAGUAUGAGAAACUACAAGGUCUUUUAAGAGAUAUAGUGAAGAAGAAACGCGAUGAGCAUCUCAAGAUGGUAUGGCGAGUUUCACCAUCACACAAACGGUUGCAAGCACGCAUGGAACACAUGCGUCGUUUCCGCAGACACCACGAACAACUGCGAACGGUCAUGCUGAGGGUUUUGCGUCCCCGCGCCGCCGCUGCCACAGAAACUGGUGCAUCGGGUGAACCGGCUCAGCCACACUCCCUCACCAUGGACGCUGCAGAUGCUAAUGCCAUCGCUGAGGUGAACUUGGCGUAUGAGAAUGUGAAAGAAGUAGACUGCUUGGACAUCUCGCGUGAAGGAUGUGACGCAUGGGAAGCGGCCGUGCGACGCUAUGAAGAUAGAAUUGAUCGUGUUGAAACUCGCAUCACGGCUCACCUCCGCGACCAGCUCGGAACAGCCAAGAACGCGAAUGAGAUGUUCCGCAUUUUCUCGCGUUUCAACGCCCUGUUCGUUCGCCCGCACAUCCGCGGCGCCAUCCGCGAAUACCAGACACAACUCAUCCAGCGAGUGAAGGACGACAUCGAAGCCCUGCAUGAAAAGUUUAAGGUCCAGUACCCCCAAUCAAAGUGCAGUCGUCUCUCGUUAGUACGCGAUCUACCUCCAGUCGCCGGUUCCAUAAUUUGGGCGAAACAAAUUGACCACCAACUAACCGCUUAUUUGAAACGCGUUGAAGAUGUUCUUGGCAAAGGAUGGGAAAACCAUAUUGAAGGUCAAAAACUGAAGGCUGAUGGUGAUAGCUUUCGCCAAAAACUAAACACUCAAGAAGUGUUCGAUGACUGGGCUCGCAAGGUGCAGCAACGUAACUUGGGUGUAUCAGGACGUAUUUUCGCAAUAGAAUCCGUACGUGCUCGUUCCAGCAAAACAGGGACUGUACUCAAACUGAAAGUCAACUUUUUACCGGAGAUCAUCACACUGUAUAAAGAAGUACGGAACCUAAAGAACUUAGGAUUCAGGGUGCCUCUUGCGAUCGUCAACAAAGCACACCAGGCAAAUCAACUGUAUCCCUUCGCCAUCUCUCUUAUUGAAAGCGUCCGCACUUACGAACGCACGCUGGAAAAGAUACGAGACAAGGCAUCUAUAAUACCGCUAGUAGCUGGGCUCCGUCGAGAUGUACUCUUCCAAGUAUCCGAAGGCAUGGCCCUCGUAUGGGAGUCUUACAAAUUGGACCCGUACGUGCAGAAGCUUAGUGAAGUCGUACUCAUCUUCCAAGAAAAGGUUGAAGAUCUGUUGGCAGUAGAAGAGCAGAUCUCCGUAGACGCUCGAUCUCUUGAGACCUGUCCAUACUCGGCUCAAAGUCUGGCGGAUAUUCUGAGCCGGCUGCAACGAGCUAUUGACGAUCUCUCUUUACGCCAGUACAGCAACUUACAUCUGUGGGUGCAACGCCUUGAUGAGGAGGUUGAGAAGAGCCUCGCUGCAAGACUGCAGGCUGGUAUCGAAGCCUGGACCGCCGCUCUGCUCGGCAAGACAAAUGAACUCGAUCUGUCCAUGGACACGUACUCACCUGCGGAACCGACACAUAAACCUGGCGGAGAACCCCAGAUCGCUCGCGUGGUCCACGAAGUGAGAAUCACGAAUCAGCAAAUGUACCUGUUCCCAUCGCUGGAAGAGGCUCGCUUCCAGCUCAUGCGCCAAAUGUUCGCCUGGCAGGCUAUCGUCACCAGUCAGCACCGUCUGCAAAGCACCAGAUAUCAGGUAGGAGUAGCCCGUGCUCAAACUGCUACGUACAGAAACUUGCUCACGAAGCUGCCUGGUGGAUCCUCGCCUCUCGAAAAUGUAUACGACGCUAUCGAACAGAAGAUAUCGCAAGUUCGUGAAUACGUGGAUGAAUGGCUUCGUUACCAAGCGCUAUGGGAUCUUCAACCAGAAAGCUUAUAUGGACGUCUCGGGGAAGACAUCACCUUAUGGAUCAAGUGUCUAAAUGAUAUCAAAAAAUCUCGUACAACAUUCGAUACGUCCGAUACUCGUCGUGAAUACGGUCCCGUUGUGAUAGAUUUCGCACGCGUGCAAAGCAAGGUUGCACUGAAAUACGACGCGUGGCAUAAAGAAGUGCUCGGCAAGUUUGGCGCUUUACUUGGCGGCGAGAUGGUACAGUUCCACGCCAGGCUCGCGAAGUCCAGAGGGCAACUUGAACAACAAACCAUUGAGGCAGCUUCAACUAGCGAUGCAGUUUGUCUCAUUACUUACGUGCAACAACUGAAGAGAGAGGUUUUGGCAUGGGAGAAACAGGUCGACAUCUAUAGAGAAGCUCAGCGUAUACUCGAAAGACAAAGAUUCCAAUUUCCAGCACAAUGGCUGCACGUCGAUAAUAUUGAAGGUGAAUGGAGUGCUUUCAACGAAAUUAUGCGCAGGAAGGAUUCGUCCAUUCAAACUCAGGUCGCAUCACUUCAACAAAAGAUCGUCGCCGAAGACAAAGCCGUUGAGGCUCGUACUCUUGAAUUCCUAGCUGAAUGGGAACGCAGCAAACCUACCGACGGUUCAACGAGACCGGAGGACGCUUUAGCCAGACUCCAGGCUAUGGAGGCCAGAUACACUCGCCUCAAGGAUGAGAGGGACAAUGUUGCUAAGGCCAAGGAGGCAUUGGAACUACAUGAUACUGGCAGUUCAGUGAACAACGAGCGAAUGACAGUUGCGCUGGAGGAACUUCAAGAUUUACGCGGAGUGUGGUCCUCACUCAGUAAGAUUUGGACGCAGAUUGAUGACAUCAGGGAGAAGCCCUGGCUAUCCGUGCAGCCUAGGAAACUAAGGCAACAACUCGAAGCAAUGUUAAACGAGUUGAAGGAGUUACCAGCUCGGCUACGUAUGUAUGACAGCUACGAAUAUGUUCGCAAACUACUUCAGUCAUAUACCAAGGUUAAUAUGCUGAUCGUUGAGCUGAAAUCCGACGCGUUAAAAGAGCGUCAUUGGCGCCAACUGUGCCGUGCUCUCAAAGUGGACUGGUCCCUUUCCGAAUUAACUCUAGGUCAAGUAUGGGACGCCGAUUUGUUACAUAACGAACAUACCGUCAAAGAUGUUGUUUCCGUUGCUCAAGGAGAGAUGGCACUUGAAGAGUUCUUGAAACAGGUGCGUGAAUCCUGGCAAAGCUACGAGCUGGAUCUUAUCAACUAUCAGAACAAGUGCAAAAUCAUCCGAGGUUGGGAUGACCUUUUCAACAAAGUAAAGGAGCAUAUUAACAGUGUGGCCGCUAUGAAACUUUCACCUUACUAUAAGGUGUUUGAAGAAGAAGCGUUAACAUGGGAAGAGAAAUUGAAUCGCAUCAACGCACUGUUCGAUGUAUGGAUUGACGUACAGCGCCGUUGGGUGUACCUUGAAGGUAUCUUUAGCGGAUCCGCUGACAUCAAGACUUUGUUGCCAGUCGAGACAAGCCGUUUCCAAAGUAUUAGCUCGGAAUUCCUGGGCCUGAUGAAGAAAGUUGGCAAAUCGCCGAUGGUGAUGGAUGUCCUUAAUAUUCCGGGGGUACAACGCUCUUUGGAGCGCUUGGCCGAUCUACUAGGCAAGAUUCAGAAAGCACUUGGAGAAUACUUGGAACGUGAGAGAAGCAGCUUCCCACGUUUUUACUUCGUGGGCGACGAAGACCUUCUGGAAAUCAUUGGUAACAGCAAAAAUGUCGCUCGCCUUCAAAAACACUUCAAAAAGAUGUUCGCUGGUGUCGCAGCCAUUAUUCUUAAUGAAGACAAUACUGUCAUCAAUGGUAUAGCGUCCCGUGAGGGUGAAGAGGUAUAUUUCACAUCACCAGUGUCUACUAUCGAGAAUCCGAAGAUCAACUCGUGGCUUUCCAUGGUUGAAAGGGAAAUGAGAGUAACGCUCGCGUGUCGCCUCAAGGACGCAGUGGGUGACGUCAAGCAAUUCAAGGACGGAGAUGUUGAUCCGCAGAAGUUCAUUGACUGGUGUGACAAAUAUCAGGCGCAAAUCGUAGUUCUAGCGGUACAGAUACUGUGGUCAGAAGAUGUGGAUGCGGCGUUAGUGGGCGGUGGCGGUGAAGCGUUGGGUCGAGUGCUACAACACGUUGAAUAUAUGCUCAACAUAUUGGCUGACUCCGUGCUGCAAGAGCAACCGCCAUUACGCCGGAAGAAACUGGAACAUCUUAUCAACGAGUUCGUCCACAAGCGUACAGUGACAAGACGCCUUAUCGCAUCCGACGUGAACAGUGCACGAUCAUUCGAAUGGCUGUGUGAGAUGCGCUUCUACUUUGACCCAAGGAACAAUGACGUAUUGCAGCAGCUAACAAUUCACAUGGCGAACGCUAAAUUCCUGUACGGCUUUGAAUAUUUGGGUGUCCAAGAUCGCUUAGUUCAAACUCCAUUGACCGAUCGCUGCUACCUUACAAUGACACAGGCAUUGGAAGCAAGACUUGGAGGUUCUCCAUUUGGUCCCGCUGGUACGGGUAAGACUGAGUCUGUAAAAGCUCUCGGCAAUCAGCUCGGUCGAUUCGUUUUGGUGUUCAACUGCGACGAGACCUUUGAUUUCCAAGCAAUGGGAAGGAUCUUCGUCGGUCUUUGUCAGGUCGGUGCUUGGGGUUGCUUCGACGAAUUUAAUCGUCUCGAAGAAAGAAUGCUUUCAGCCGUUUCGCAGCAAGUGCAGACCAUUCAAGAGGCACUCAAGAGUCACCAAGAAGGUGACAAUACAAGCAAAUCCAUAACAGUAGAACUUGUUGGCAAGCAAGUCCGUGUAAGCCAAGAUAUGGCGAUCUUCAUCACGAUGAAUCCAGGCUACGCUGGUCGUUCCAACCUGCCCGACAAUCUGAAGAAACUGUUCCGCAGUCUCGCAAUGACCACGCCUGAUAGACAACUCAUUGCUGAGGUCAUGUUAUUCAGUCAAGGGUUCAGAACUGCUGAGAAAUUGGCUUGCAAGAUUGUACCAUUCUUCAAACUUUGUGACGAACAACUUUCGAACCAGUCGCAUUACGACUUCGGUCUGCGUGCCCUCAAAUCUGUGUUGGUGUCUGCCGGUAACGUCAAGCGUGACCGAAUUCAAAAGAUCAAGGAGAACCUUAUCGAGCGCGGCACAGAAGUACCCGAUGAAGCGUCAAUCGCAGAAUCACUACCCGAGCAAGACAUUCUCAUACAAUCAGUAUGCGAGACAAUGGUGCCCAAACUAGUAGCUGAGGAUAUACCACUGUUGUUCUCAUUGCUGAACGACGUGUUCCCCAACGUGGGCUACACUAGAGCCGAGAUGACCGGUUUGAAAAAUGAAAUUCGUGCAGUUUGCGCUGAAGAAUUUUUAGUUUGUGGCGAAGGAGAUGAACAGGGUCAUACCUGGAUGGAAAAGAGGCGGAGCGCUGCCUCGCGCGCUCAACACAGCACGUGGAUCGAGAAGGUUCUGCAACUGUAUCAAAUCUGCAAAUUGAACCAUGGUCUGAUGAUGGUCGGACCAUCCGGAAGCGGUAAAUCUACUGCGUGGCGUGUACUACUGAAGGCUUUAGAGCGGUUCGAAGGUGUAGAAGGCGUAGCACACGUUAUUGACCCCAAAGCUAUGUCGAAAGAAACAUUGUAUGGUGUAUUGGAUCCUAACACUCGUGAAUGGACGGAUGGGUUGUUUACACAUAUACUGAGGAAAAUCAUCGACAAUGUUCGCGGAGAGAUUAACAAACGCCAAUGGAUUAUCUUCGACGGUGACGUAGACCCCGAAUGGGUUGAAAACUUAAAUUCUGUACUCGAUGACAAUAAACUUCUUACAUUGCCCAAUGGCGAACGUCUCUCCCUCCCACCGAACGUGCGCGUCAUGUUUGAGGUGCAAGACUUGAAAUAUGCCACCUUAGCUACAGUAUCACGUUGUGGCAUGGUAUGGUUCUCCCAAGAUGUGCUUUCAACGGAAAUGAUUUUUGAAAACUAUCUACUGCGCUUAAGAAAUAUUCCUUUAGAGGAUGGUGAAGAGGACUCUUUUAGCAUUGUAAUGGCCGCACCUACCGCCGGUGGGGACCAAAAUGCAACUGAAAAUAUUUUGUCACCAGCACUACAGACUCAACGUGAUGUAGCCGCAUUCCUGCAACCGUUGUUCUACGGCGAUGGUUUGGUGGUGAAAUGUUUGGAGCGUGCGGCUAGUCUCGAUCAUAUAAUGGACUUCACUAGACAUCGCGCGUUGUCAUCAUUACAUUCUAUGCUUAACCGUGGUGUCAGGAACAUUCUGGGCUACAAUCGGCAACAUCCUGAUUUCCCGAUCACAAACGAACAACUAGAAGCCUAUGUACCAAAAUGGCUUGUUUAUUCCUUGCUGUGGUCUUUUGCUGGCGACGCCAAACUCAAGGAUCGCAAUGAACUGGGCGAUUUCAUAAGAUCAGCGAGCACAAUGCAACUACCCAACUGUGGGGCAAAUCAACACAUUAUCGACUUCGAAGUGUCUAUAACUGGAGAAUGGGUGCCAUGGUCCGCGAAAGUGCCUCAGAUUGAAGUGGAGACGCACAAAGUGGCCGCUCCGGACAUAGUCGUGCCCACGCUGGACACCGUGCGCCAUGAAGCGUUACUUUACACUUGGCUCGCAGAACACAAGCCUCUGGUCCUCUGCGGUCCUCCCGGUUCUGGUAAAACCAUGACGCUAUUCUCCGCGCUACGAGCUCUCCCGGACAUGGAAGUUGUGGGCCUUAAUUUUUCUUCGGCCACUACACCGGAACUGUUGCUCAAGACCUUCGACCAUUACUGCGAGUAUCGCAAGACGCCUAAUGGAGUGGUUCUAGCGCCUGUACAGCUCGGUAAAUGGUUGGUUUUGUUCUGCGAUGAAAUCAACUUACCGGAUAUGGAUCAGUAUGGCACGCAACGUGUUAUCUCGUUUUUACGACAGCUUCUCGAACAUAAAGGCUUCUACAGAGCAAGUGAUCAUUCAUGGGUCCAUUUGGAGCGUAUUCAAUUUGUGGGCGCUUGCAACCCGCCAACCGAUCCCGGUCGUAAACCGCUUUCACACCGACUGCUGCGCCAUGUACCUGUCAUCUACGUCGAUUAUCCAGGAGAGACUUCUUUGGAGCAGAUUUACGGAACAUUCACACGCGCUAUGCUACGAAUGCAACCCGCACUACGUGGCUACGCGGAACCCCUAACGCAAGCUAUGGUGAAACUUUACCUCGCGUCGCAAGAACGCUUUACACAAGACAUGCAACCGCACUACGUAUAUUCGCCCAGAGAAAUGACCAGAUGGGUGCGCGGAAUUUGCGAGGCUAUCAGACCUCUAGACAACCUAAGUAUUGAAGGUUUGGUGAGACUGUGGGCCCACGAAGCGUUACGUCUAUUCCAAGAUCGAUUGGUUGAAGAUGUAGAAAGACAAUGGACAGACGAGAACAUUGACAACGUGGCGAUGAGAUUCUUCCCAGGUAUUAACAGGGAGCAAGCACUAGCCCGGCCGAUUCUCUACAGUAACUGGUUGAGUAAGGACUAUGUACCAGUCCAAAGAGAUCAAUUACGUGAAUACGUCAAGGCUAGAUUGAAGGUGUUCUACGAAGAGGAGUUGGACGUCCCGUUGGUUCUGUUCGAUGAAGUGCUUGAACAUGUACUUAGGAUCGACCGAAUCUUCCGCCAACCUCAAGGACAUCUGUUACUCAUCGGUGUAUCAGGAGCCGGCAAGACAACCCUCAGCCGUUUCGUGGCCUGGAUGAACGGUCUCAGCAUCUUCCAGAUCAAAGUCCACAACAAAUAUACCGGCGCGGACUUCGACGAAGAUCUACGGUCCGUACUCCGUCGUGCCGGUUGUCGUGAUGAGAAGGUGGCCUUCAUUUUGGAUGAGUCCAAUGUGCUUGACAGUGGCUUCUUGGAGAGAAUGAAUACUCUUCUCGCUAACGGAGAGGUGCCCGGACUGUUUGAAGGCGACGAGUUUGCUGCUCUUAUGACGCAGUGCAAAGAAGGUGCUCAAAGAGAGGGCCUUAUGUUGGAUUCUAACGAUGAAUUGUAUAAAUGGUUUACUGGUCAAGUUAUGCGCAAUCUGCACGUAGUGUUUACUAUGAACCCGUCAUCUGAAGGACUUAAGGAUCGCGCGGCAACCUCGCCGGCUUUGUUCAAUCGUUGCGUGCUCAAUUGGUUUGGAGAUUGGAGCGAUGGCGCGCUAUUCCAGGUCGGUAAAGAGUUUACGACGCGCAUGGACUUAGACUGGUCGGAAUACGUCCCCCCGGAGGAGUUCCCGGCGGCUUGCGGGGAGGUGGGAGCGAGACCGUCGCACCGCGCUGCGGUCGUUAAUGCGUGCGUCUACGUGCACCAGACACUGCACCGCGCCAACGCCAGGCUGGCUAAGCGGGCCAACCGCACUAUGGCUAUUACACCAAGACACUAUCUGGACUUCAUUCAGCAAAUGGUGAAACUGUACUCUGAGAAACGCGCUGAUCUAGAAGAACAACAACUUCACUUGAACGUCGGUCUCGGGAAAAUCGCGGAAACUGUCGAGCAAGUGGAAGAAAUGCAGAAGAGUCUUGCCGUUAAAUCACAGGAAUUGCAAGCAAAGAACGAAGCCGCCAACGCAAAACUACGUCAAAUGGUCAAAGAUCAACAGGAGGCCGAAAAGAAAAAAGUCGAAAGUCAGGAGAUCCAGGUCGCUUUAGAACAACAGACAAAAGAAAUAGAAGCGAAACGCAAGGAUGUAAUGGCUGACCUGGCUCAAGUCGAACCCGCUGUCAUCGAUGCGCAAAACGCGGUCAAAUCGAUUAAGAAGCAGCACCUGGUGGAGGUGCGCUCGAUGGGCAACCCGCCCGCUAUCGUGAAGGUGGCGCUCGAGUCCAUAUGCCUGCUGCUCGGCGAGAACGCGACCGACUGGAAGGCCAUACGCGCCGUCAUCAUGCGCGAGAACUUCAUCAACAGCAUCGUGUCCAACUUCUCCACCGAGGACAUCACUGACGAUGUCCGCGAAAAGAUGAAGACACGUUAUCUAAGUAACCCGGAUUACAACUUCGAAAAAGUAAAUAGGGCCAGUAUGGCCUGCGGUCCUAUGGUGAAAUGGGCUAUUGCUCAGAUCGAAUAUGCGGACAUGUUAAAACGCGUGGAGCCGCUUCGUAAUGAACUCAAGGCUUUGGAAGAUCAGGCGCAAAGCAACGUUACAGCUGGAAACGGAGUACGCGAUCUGAUAGCCCAAUUGGAAAAGUCUAUCGCCUCGUACAAAGAGGAAUACGCACAACUUAUAAGUCAAGCUCAGGCUAUUAAGACUGACCUUGAGAAUGUUCAAGCUAAGGUGGAUAGAUCUAUUGCACUGUUGAAAAGUUUGGUGAUUGAACGUGAGCGAUGGGAAGCCAGCUCGGAGGCUUUCCGUUCGCAAAUGAGCACAAUAGUCGGAGAUGUCUUACUUUCUGCUGCAUUUAUAGCUUACGGCGGUUACUUUGAUCAACAUUAUCGUCAAAAUCUAUUCUCGACCUGGACAACCCAUCUGGCGGCAGCUAACAUCAAGUUCCGCGCUGACAUCGCGCGUACUGAGUACCUCAGUAACCCCGACGAGCGCCUACGUUGGCAGGCCAACGCACUGCCUACCGAUGAAUUGUGCGUCGAGAACGCUAUCAUGCUUAAGCGGUUUAACAGGUACCCGCUAAUUAUUGAUCCAUCGGGUCAAGCUACUGAAUUUAUCAUGCGUGAAUUUAAGGAGCGUAAGAUAACCAAGACUUCCUUCCUCGACGACUCCUUCCGAAAGAACUUGGAGUCGGCUCUCCGUUUCGGUAAUCCAUUGCUGGUGCAGGACGUUGAGAAUUACGACCCCAUUUUGAACCCCGUACUAAAUAGAGAGCUCCGUCGUACGGGCGGACGUGUGCUCAUUACUCUAGGAGACCAGGAUAUCGAUCUCAGUCCUUCAUUUGUGAUCUUCUUGAGUACUAGGGACCCAACCGUCGAAUUUCCGCCGGAUAUGUGUUCCCGUGUGACGUUUGUCAAUUUCACGGUAACACGUUCUUCACUCCAGUCGCAGUGCUUGCAUCGCGUACUGAAAGCCGAAAGGCCAGACAUUGAUACGAAACGCUCCGAUCUGCUCAAACUGCAAGGUGAAUUUCAUCUCCGUCUGCGCCAGCUAGAGAAAUCCCUGCUUCAAGCACUUAAUGAUGCGAAGGGCAAGAUCCUUGAUGAUGAUUCCGUCAUCGCAACUCUUGAAACGCUUAAAAAAGAGGCUGAUGAUAUUGGUUUAAAGGUCGAAGAGACAGACAAAGUCAUUGGUGAAAUCGAGACCGUCAGUCAACAAUACCUUCCUUUAUCCCAAGCAUGCAGUAGUAUCUAUUUCACAAUGGAAGCUCUUCACCAAGUGCACUUCCUGUAUCAGUACUCACUUAAGAUGUUCCUCGACAUCUUCAGCACCGUUCUAGUGUAUCCAGGACUGAACGGUGUGACUGACUACACUGCUAGGCUGAUGACUAUCACUGAAGAGCUUUUCACAGCGGUAUACGAACGGGUGGCACGUGGUAUGCUUCAUACGGAUCGACUGACGUUCGCAUUGCUGCUAUGUCGCAUUCAACUCAAGGGUACCGGUGCCGAAGAUACUUUGGAUCAACAGUUUGGUGUAUUCCUACGUGGUCGAGAGGGUCACGUGGCCUCUACGCCACAGCUGGAGUCUCUGACACAGCAACAACACGAGGCGGCUGCUAGACUUAGCUCCCGACUGGUGUCGUUCCGGCGAUUGCUGGAUAAAGCGGCAUCGCUACCCGAACUGUCAGCGUGGUUGGCUCAGGCCGCGCCCGAACAGUGCGUACCUACGCUAUGGGACGGCGAACCAUCCGCACCGCCAAAACCGCAUACGCUCGCUAUGCACCGCCUUCUACUUAUACAGGCGUUUAGACCGGAUCGUGUUAUCGCAGCGGCAACUCAACUUGUUGCUUCAGUACUAGGCCCCAGCUUUAUGGCCAAGGCGGAGACGGAAUUCGACCUGGCCAAUAUUACGGAGAAUCAACUGAAUGCCACUACGCCGGCGUUGUUAUGCUCCGUGCCUGGAUAUGAUGCUAGUGGUCGCGUGGAUGAUAUGGCAACUGAAUUGAACAAGCCGCUAUCUAGUAUCGCUAUCGGAUCCGCUGAAGGCUUUAACCAAGCGGAAAGAGCUAUUAACACAGCAUGUAAAACUGGACGAUGGGUGAUGCUGAAGAACGUGCACCUGGCACCUGUAUGGUUGGUGCAACUGGAAAAGAAGCUACACUCGUUGCAGCCGCAUCCCAACUUCCGCCUGUUCCUCACCACGGAGAUCAGCCCCAAGUUGCCCGUCAACUUGUUACGCGCCGGUCGCGUGCUAGUGUUCGAGCCCCCACCUGGAAUCCGCGCUAACCUUCUACGAACCUUCGCAACCGUACCAGCAGCUCGAAUGAUGAAACAACCGUCUGAACGAGCUAGACUUUACUUCCUGCUUGCGUGGUUCCAUGGAAUCGUGCAAGAACGCUUACGCUAUGUACCUCUGGGCUGGGCUAAGUAUUACGAGUUCAACGAGAGUGAUUUACGUGUGGCCUGCGAUACGCUCGAUACAUGGAUUGAUGCCACCGCUAUGGGUCGUACCAACUUGCCUCCAGAGAAGGUCCCAUGGGAGGCGCUCGUGACAUUGCUGUCGCAGUGCAUCUACGGAGGCAAAAUCGACAACUUGUUCGACCAGCGUUUACUGCACUCUUUCCUCUGCAAACUUUUCACUCCGCGAUCUUUCGAAGCGGACUUUGCUCUUGUAGCUAAUGUGGACGGGGCAUCUGGAAACCAACGUCACAUAACUAUGCCUGACGGAAACCGUCGUGACCACUUCCUCAAAUGGAUUGAAGAACUUUCCGAUCGACAGACUCCAUCGUGGUUAGGGUUGCCUAAUAACGCCGAAAAGGUUCUGCUUACAACCCAAGGAAGUGACCUGGUGUCUAAACUUCUAAAGAUGCAGCAACUUGAAGAUGAAGAGGAACUAGCGUACAACGCAGCAAGUCAAGACCAUGAUCCAAAUUCGAUUGUAGUGGAAGGCGACGGUCGACCAGCAUGGAUGAAGACUUUGCACCAAACUUCUACCAGUUGGUUGCAAAUUUUGCCGCAGGAACUACCGACCCUACGUCGUACGGUGGAGAAUAUCAAGGACCCUCUGUAUCGUUUCUUCGAGCGGGAAGUUGCGGCCGGCGCUUCGCUGUUACAGCAAGUGCUACACGAUCUUCGCAACGUUACCGCUAUUUGUCAGGGCUCUAUGAAGCAGACGAACGAAACUCGCUCCAUGGUGGGCGCGUUAGUACGCGGCAUGCUCCCACCAGGGUGGAGGCGGUACGCAGUUGCUCGCGGUUGUACCGUGCAGCAGUGGGUAGAUGACUUCGCCCGAAGAGUGGGUCAGCUAGCCCACGUGUCCAAAACCGUCGCCGAGAAAGGCGCCAAGCGACUACAGAGUAUCCCUGUCUGGCUCGGAGGUCUGCUUAACCCAGAGGCGUAUAUCACAGCAACACGACAGUGCGUCGCGCAAGCUAACUCCUGGUCGCUUGAAGAGCUGAACCUACAGGUGACGAUUCCGGACCCCGGAACGCCGGCUGAGAACGCUCAAACGGAGUGGUCGUUCACAGUGACGGGGCUCAAGCUGCAAGGAGCUACCGUGAAGGGCAACAGAUUGCUGCUCACCAACACUAUAAUGGUGGAUCUACCUUUGACCGUGCUCACUUGGAUAAGGGGUGCGGAACCGGCGAGUGCGGGUCAGACGCUGACACUGCCCGUGUAUCUCAACAGCGCUCGUUCCGAACUACUGUUCACUGUGCGACUUCCCAUCGCGGCUGGGCAGGAACCGCACGCCUUCUACGAGCGCGGCGUAGCUCUACUCACCUCCACUGCGCUCAACUAAGCUCCCUAGUGCUUUUUUGAAGCUAUUAACGCACUCUAGGCCCACAUGGUCCUGUGCACUGCGCUCCCCAGUGAUUUAGUUGUUACUGCACUCCUCUCAACCCCCGUCGUUCUCCACUUAACUCUAGAACUAAACUUUAAAGAACCCUCAGUUCGAAUCCUUGUGCUUAGCUGAAUUUUAUUACGCACGUCAAAUAAAAUGGUAUUAAAUUCGUCACUGUUAUAUGACUAAGCAUAUAUAAUUUAUUAUUUAAUUUAAACGCAAAAUAAAACAAUAUGAAUAUUA